GCCAGCAUCCGCACGCGAAUACACACUCUACUCAGGCGAGAACGGCGAACACACUCAACGAACGCGAUAUGAUCGAGCGACAAUGAGAUUUACCAAGCCAUCGUGGCUGAUCCAUGGAGGCGAGAAAAAGGAUCACGAAGUAUACAGCUGCCAUGUCUCGCCAGACGGCGCACGCCUGGCGACGGCAGCUGGUGACGGACACGUACGCAUAUGGAGCACGGAGGCCAUCGUGAAUGCUUCAGAAGACCACAGCAAUAUCGAAAAUGGCGAUGCGACACAGCCUAAGCAGCUCGCGUCGCUCUCCUACCACUCCGGCACUGUCCACAGUGUGCGCUUCAGCCCCAACGGCAAGUAUCUUGCUUCGGGCGCCGACGACAAAAUAGUAUGCGUCUACACGCUCGACCCGGGUCCGCCGGCGCAUGCGACGUUUGGCAGCAACGAAGCGCCCCCCGUAGAGAACUGGCGCAUUUUUCGCCGCUUGAUCGGACACGACAACGAUGUGCAGGAUCUAGGCUGGAGCUGCGACAGCUCCAUCCUUGUCUCCGUUGGCCUGGACAGCAAGGUUGUCGUCUGGAGCGGCAGCACGUUUGAGAAGCUGAAGACACUUGCUCAGCACCAGUCGCACGUAAAAGGCAUCACCUUCGACCCAGCCAACAAAUACUUUGCGACUGCAAGCGACGACCGCAGCAUAAAAAUCUACCGGUUUACCUCACCCCCACCCAACGCCACCGCCUACGACCAGACCAGUAACUUCACCCUCGAAACCACUGUCUCUGCACCCUUCAACACCUCGCCGCUGACCACAUAUUUCCGAAGAUGCUCAUGGAGCCCAGAAGGAGCGCACAUAGCUGCUGCAAAUGCCGUCAAUGGGCCUGUCAGUUCUGUGGCAAUCAUAAAUCGAGGAAGCUGGGACAGCGAGAUCAACCUGAUCGGACACGAAGGGCCCGUCGAGGUCUGCGCGUUUUCCCCCAGACUAUUUUGCAGAGAGCCGCCGCCUGCGGUAAUCCCAAAAGACUAUAUUUCGCCUGGCGCAGUGACUGUGGUAGCGUGUGCAGGACAAGACAAGACACUUUCAGUAUGGAAUACGAGCUUCCCGCGACCUUUUGUCACCACGAGUGAAUUGAGUGCCAAAGCGAUCAGCGAUCUAGCCUGGAGCCCCGACGGCGAAACGCUGUUCUUGACAGCACUGGAUGGCACGAUUGCGGCCCUGGUCUUCGAGAAGGGCGAGCUUGGCUAUCCAGCACCCGCUGGCGAAUACGAUAAGGCACUUGCCAAAUACGGCGCUGGUCGCAGAGUUGGCAUUGUCGAAAACACGGAUGCACUGUUACUCGAAGAGCAGAGUAAGGACGCCGAGAUGAAUCGAGUGGAAGGUCGAAUGGGUGACCUCAUGGGCGAUGGCGCUCAGGUGAACAGCCAGGCGACUAUCAAAGAGCCGGUCACAAAUGGCCUCACAAAUGGAACUACUGCAGAUCCACAUCCGGCGCCUCCAAAGAACCCACAGGCCGAACGCAUCGAUAAACUGAAACAGCGAGUGACUAUCACGAAAGAUGGAAAGAAGCGAGUCGCUCCGUUGUUGCUCUCAUCUUCUAACCAGGGCGAGUCGAAUCUCCCGCGACCCCAGCUUCAAGCUGCAGUGAAGCACGGAGCUGCAGCCUCGGAUGAGCCAGCUAAGGUUGUUGAUGUCAGCAAGCCGUACGAAGGGUUACCCAAGGGAGGGCUGGCCAGUCUGUUGCUGGGCAACAAGAGAAAGUACGCGGAGAUGGAUGGCGACGAUGAAGAAGGAAAGAUCAGCGAAAGGCGAGUGCAUGCUGCACAACAGACUGGCGCCACGCCUAUCGUGCACAACACUGAGAAUGGUCUUGUCCCUGCCAGCUCCGCGACAGGUGUCAGCAAGCCUGUUGAUGUGCCGGAAGUCUUGCGUCCUGCUAUAAUCAACCCGGUCACAACAAUCAGCCAAACGAGGCUUGCGGUACCUUUGGUACGAAAUGUCAUUCUGCGACCUCUCGAUCCCCACAGAAUUAGCAACGAGGGCGAUCCGCAGCCAAAUGGCGACAGCACUGACAAUGAUGCAUCAAUUGUCUUCGAAGCCAGAAAUGCGUCAGGUCCGUCACGGACCGGUCGUGCACAAGACAAAGAGCCCACGCGAAUCACAUUGACAAGGAGAAGCCAGACGCUAUGGCAAGACUUUCUCCCGAGAGCUGUGUUAUUGAUCACUGGCAAUCGCAAUUUCUGGGCCGCGUCAUGCGAGGACGGCAGUGUUCAUAUUUGGACACCUGCUGGCAGAAGGUUAUUAAACGCCUGCGUGCUUGAAUCGCAGCCCGUGAUUCUAGAUUGUCGUGGCUGGUGGCUCCUUGCCGUGACUGCCAUUGGGCAGUGCUAUGUAUGGAACAUCAAGACCAUGAGUUCACCACAUGCGCCUGUCUCUCUUGCGCCGGCGCUGGACGCAGCAGUGCAAGCCCAACAACCGCAUCUGACAAACGGACCCAGUGUGAUGUUCGCACGGCUGAACAGUCAAGGCAAGAUAGUGGUGGGUAUGUCGAAUGGUGACGGCUUCGCGUACAACCCGAACAUGUACUGCUGGCAGCGCUUAAGCGAAUCAUGGUGGGCCGUCGGAUCACAGUACUGGAACACCACAGAUACAAGCAUUUCAACUGUCGCCUCCUCUACCAAGACGAGUUCUGCCAAGUCUUCAUCUGGUCAGGGCACUUUCCUCGAUGAGAUUCAUCCAGAGAAUAUAUCGGCCGGAAUAGUGCCUCUACUUGAACGAAAUACGACUUCACAAUCGCUCUUGAAAGGCAGAGCCUACUUCUUGCAGCGUCUGGUGAAGCAACUUCUGUCUGCUGAAGGUUUCGAGGGAUUCGAAUCAUCCGUUUCCAUUGCCCAUCUUGAGAACCGCAUGGCAGCAGCUCAGUCGCUCGGCGCUAAAGACGAAUUCCGACUUUAUCUCAUCAUGUAUGCUAAACGCAUUGGCGCUGAAGGCCUCCGAGGAAAGGUUGAUGAGCUUUUGAAAGGCCUGAUGGGGCGCAUAUUUGCAGUAGAAGAUGGAUCCGACGAGACUGACGUUGGUGUUGAAUGGAGUACGGGCGAUGAGAUCGUCGGUUGGAAGCGUGAAGAUUUGCUUAAGGAAGUGGUAAUGGUUCUAGGCAAGCACAGAGAUCUCCAAAGGAUAACAGUGCCAUACGCACGUUAUGUUGGCGUUCUGGACACAACGCCUAAGAUCGUGAAUGGCGGAGACACUGCUAUGAUCACGGACGGGUCCUAAAGCGGUCUUUGUAUACAUGUAGUAAUCCAAUGUAAGAACAGG